AUUUCCUAGCAACACUGCUAGCAUCGGGCAGUCGAUACAGCGCGCGGGAAGGGACGCGCGGCCGUGCACAGCGCUCAGCAAAACAUUUUUACGAUUACCAAAGACUUUAGUUCAGUGAAAAAUGCCUAAUAUUAUAAACGAAGUUAAAUUGGACUUCAAAGAUGUCCUCCUGCGACCCAAGCGAAGCACGUUACGCAGCCGAAAUGACGUGGAUUUGUACAGGGAGAUCACAUUCCGUAACUCGGGGCAGACGUACAAGGGAGUCCCUGUCAUGGCAAGCAAUAUGGACACAGUAGGCACCUUCGAAAUGGCACGGGAGCUUUCUAAGCACGGACUGUUCACAUGCAUUCACAAGUAUUAUACUAUUGAUGAAUGGAAGAAGUUUGCUGAAGAACAUCCAGAAUGCUUGCAACAAAUGGCCGCCAGUUCAGGCACAGCAGAGGCAGACUUCGAGCGGCUGACGGAGAUCCUGAACACCAUCAAGGACCUGAAGUUCAUAUGUUUAGACGUGGCCAACGGAUACUCACAGCACUUCGUCGAAUACGUGCGGAAAGUUCGGGCUGCCUUCCCUACUCAUACUAUCAUUGCUGGAAAUGUAGUGACCGGUGAGAUGGUAGAAGAAUUAAUUCUGUCUGGAGCUGACAUUAUAAAGGCAAGGAUAGGUCCAGGGUCGGUGUGCACUACUCGUAUCAAGACGGGUGUGGGAUACCCGCAGCUGUCCGCUGUCAUAGAGUGCGCCGACGCAGCGCACGGUCUCAAAGGACAUAUCAUAUCGGAUGGUGGAUGCACUUGCCCUGGUGACGUGGCGAAAGCAUUCGGAGCUGGUGCGGACUUCGUGAUGGCUGGUGGCAUGUUUGCCGGCCACGACCAGUGCGGCGGUGAUGUGGUCACCACUGCUGAUGGAAGGAAGGUCAAGCUGUUCUACGGCAUGUCCUCGUCUACAGCCAUGCAGAAACAUUCUGGUGGUAUCGCUGAGUACCGGUCUUCCGAAGGUAAGACGGUGGAAGUGGAAUACCGAGGUGACGUAGGAGCCACGGUCAAGGACAUUUUAGGUGGUCUCAGAUCAGCCUGCACGUACGUAGGAGCCGCCCACUUACGGGAGCUGCCGAGGAGAGCCACCUUCAUCAGAUGCUGUAGACAAGUCAACGAUACCUUCUCCUAAAUAGAACAAUUUUCCCAAAUCUUACUAUGAUAGUCGAAUCUGAUUGCGAUAGUAAAGGCUCGUUUACAUGAUACAUUUUUCUUGUAUAUUAGAAGAGCAAUAAUUGAGAAGUUUCCUCAGUCGUAAAUAAAUUAUUUCGACGUUUCCAUACAAUAAAAUAUAAAAAAAAAAAUAGAUUUGAUGAUCUCCUUAAUUUGCGAUUUUUUUUUAUCAAAUUUUCUAGAAAUAAGUCUGGUUUUUGACGUGGAAAUCUAAUGAAGUCAUACAAAAUUUAUAAAAAAUAUAGUUUUUGACGUUUCGAAAAAAGUGUUGAAUUACAUAUACAUACAUAUAUACAUAU